ACUACGACUCCGCCGAGCUGAGGAGGGCAGUGGGGGGAGGCGCGCGUGUGCGUAGGGGGCGGGCGGCGCUGGCGGCGGCCUGGUGUGCAGUGAGUAGCGGCACCUCGGUGCAGCUGCGGGCUUGGGGUGGCAGGACUGCGCAGCCCCUUAGACCUCGGCCGAUAAGGAGCUCCCCCCAUCUUCCCGCGUGCGUUGCAGCCACGAGUCCCGCAGGGCUCCCCGUCUCGGCGCUGGUGUGCUCCUCCCCCACGAGGCCUACCAGCACUCCCUGCUGCUGCUGUGGCGCCCGCUCUCUCUCCUCCUCCUCUGCUGCUCCCGAGGUUGACCUGUCUACAAUAUGCUGUUGCCUCAGUACUUGCUCCAUGGCUACAAACAACUGUUUCUGUGCAGCUUAAAAUCAGGCUCAAUAAACAAAUGUGUUUGGGCCAGAAAUGCAGAGUCUUCAACUGUUGUGCCUAAUGGACUUACAGAUCAAACCGCACAUAAGAAUGAAGUUCAUGCUAAUAUAAAUGAAAGUGCAGAAGAUGAGGACUACAGAAGAUUGCACAUCCCAGUGAUGGUGAAGGAAGUUAUUGACUGUUUUUCACCUCAACCAGGGCAGUGUUUUCUGGAUAUGACGUUCGGAGCAGGAGGUCACACUGUCGCCCUUCUUCAGAAAGCAAGUGACAUUAAAGUAUAUGCCCUAGACAGAGACCCAGCAGCUUAUCAAAUAGCUCAGCAACUUUCAGACUCAUAUCCGAAUCAGAUUCGGGCUCUUCUAGGAAAAUUUACCGAAGCAGAAACCUUGUUAGUCUCAUCUGGAGUAGAGCCAAGGACUCUAGAUGGAGUUCUUUUGGAUGCUGGGUGUUCCUCUAUGCAACUUGAUACUCCAGAAAGAGGUUUUUCCCUGAGAAAGGAUGGCCCUUUGGACAUGAGGAUGGAUAAUGGCAGGUACCCUGACAUGCCCACCGCUGCUGAUGUUGUGAAUGCUUUAGAUCAACAGGCACUUACGUCCAUCCUGAGAACAUACGGGGAGGAAAGGCACGCCAGGAAAAUAGCUUCAGCAAUCGUUCAGGCACGCAGCAUCUACCCCAUCACCAGAACUCAGCAGUUUGCCAGCAUUGUUGCAGGUGCUUUUCCAGCAGCCGCUUUGUAUGCACGAAAAGACUUACUUCAGAGACCCACUCAUGUUGCUACCAAAACUUUCCAAGCUUUGCGCAUAUUUGUGAAUGAUGAGCUCCAUGAACUCUAUAACGGGCUGAGGACAGUGGAGAAGUUUCUAAAGCGUGGAGGUCUACUUGUUGCCCUUUCUUUUCAUUCACUAGAGGAUCGCAUAAUCAAACGUUUUCUUUAUGGAAUAGACAUUUCAGAAAAGUCUAACCUCAGUGUACAACAGAAAAUAAGACUGCAUAAAAAAAAUCACUUUGAACCUGAAAAUAAUGAAGAAUUCUCUAGUAGAACAUCCAAUACAAAAUGGACAUCUAUAAAGAAAAAAGUCAUUACUCCUCGGGCCAUGGAUAUUAAAGAAAACCCAAGAGCACGGUCUGCCAAACUAAGAGCUGCUAUUAAAUUGUAAAAUUGUCUUUUCUUUAAUAUUUCGUCUUUUAAAAUUUUGAUUCAUGAGAAAGAUGCAUGUGUAGAGAUAGGCAAACUGAAAAUAAAAUGGAAAAAGUAAAAAUAAAUGGAAAACUUAUA